CUUUGACCUUGGAGCGCGCGGCUGCCGUCUAAGGACCUCUAAAGGUGGUGCGGAAAGCUGCCUCUCCUGAAGGUCAGUUUCCGUGGGCUUUUUUUCAACAGCAAGUAUCGAAGAAAAGCAGACGAACCACCUGGAAUUUGGGAAGCCAAGCCCUGGAACAGAUAGUAGGGCGCUUUUUGGCGGAAACGUUUUGAAACCCCGUCAUUCGGUUCAGGCGCAGCCCGGGCAGCUAUAGCACAGGGGAGGCCCCUUGCGCACACCCUCCCCGUCGCACCCACGUGGGGUCGAGACUUCCAGAAAGCAGCCGCCGUCGCCGCCGCCGCGCGUCUCUCUCCUUCUCGCCUGCCUGCUGGAACGGCCUUUGCAGCUCCUGCUACCAUGUUGAACGCCUCACGCCUGCUCGUUCUUCGCCCCGGCGUGGGCUUCCCCGGGCCCGCCCAGGUUAUCUGGAAUGGCUUGAGUCAAGAUAUCCUAAGAUGUAUUGGGAGCAGGAAGUAUGCUUCAGAAGCAAUCAAAGGCGCUGUCAUUGGUAUUGAUCUUGGCACAACCAACUCUUGUGUGGCAGUCAUGGAAGGAAAACAGGCAAAAGUAUUGGAAAACGCAGAAGGUGCCAGAACCACCCCUUCUGUUGUAGCAUUUACAAAUGAUGGGGAGCGAUUGGUUGGCAUGCCAGCCAAACGACAGGCUGUAACUAAUCCUCACAACACCUUCUAUGCCACCAAGCGUCUCAUUGGACGGCGAUAUGAUGAUCCAGAAGUGCAGAAAGAUAUCAAAAAUGUUCCCUUUAAAAUUGUCCGUUCUUCUAAUGGUGAUGCCUGGCUAGAAGCUCAUGGAAAACUGUAUUCCCCAAGCCAGAUUGGUGCCUUUAUAUUAAUGAAGAUGAAAGAAACUGCAGAAAACUACCUGGGACAUCCAGCAAAAAAUGCUGUCAUCACAGUCCCAGCUUACUUCAAUGAUUCUCAAAGACAGGCUACUAAAGAUGCUGGGCAGAUUGCUGGCUUAAAUGUUUUGAGAGUGAUAAAUGAGCCCACAGCUGCAGCACUGGCCUAUGGCUUAGACAAGGCUGAAGACAAAGUUAUCGCAGUCUAUGACUUAGGAGGUGGCACGUUUGAUAUUUCCAUUUUGGAGAUCCAGAAGGGAGUCUUUGAAGUCAAGUCCACUAAUGGCGACACAUUCUUGGGUGGUGAAGAUUUUGAUCAGGCUUUGUUACAAUAUAUUGUAAAAGAAUUCAAAAGAGAGACGGGAGUUGAUUUAACUAAAGAUAACAUGGCCUUACAGAGAGUGAGGGAAGCCUCAGAGAAAGCAAAAUGUGAACUCUCUUCUUCUGUCCAGACAGACAUUAAUUUGCCAUACCUGACAAUGGAUGCUUCAGGACCAAAGCAUUUGAACAUGAAGCUGACUCGCUCUCAGUUUGAGGGAAUAGUGGCUGAUCUCAUCAAGAGGACAAUAGCACCUUGCCAGAAGGCCAUGCAGGAUGCUGAAGUCAGCAAGAGGGACAUUGGAGAAGUCAUUUUGGUUGGUGGCAUGACCAGAAUGCCAAAGGUGCAACAGACUGUGCAGGAUUUGUUUGGCCGCGCUCCUAGUAAAGCAGUGAACCCCGAUGAGGCUGUUGCUAUUGGAGCUGCUAUCCAAGGAGGCGUGUUGGCGGGUGACGUUACUGAUGUGCUGCUCUUGGAUGUGACUCCUCUUUCCCUGGGAAUUGAGACACUAGGGGGGGUGUUCACUAAACUCAUCAACAGGAAUACAACUAUUCCAACCAAAAAGAGCCAGGUAUUUUCUACAGCUGCUGAUGGACAGACUCAGGUGGAGAUCAAAGUUCACCAGGGAGAGAGAGAAAUGGCUGGUGAUAAUAAACUACUUGGCCAGUUUACUUUGGUGGGAAUUCCACCAGCUCCGCGGGGAGUCCCUCAGAUCGAGGUAACGUUUGACAUUGAUGCCAACGGAAUUGUUCACGUGUCUGCAAAAGAUAAAGGCACAGGACGGGAACAACAAAUUGUGAUCCAGUCUUCUGGUGGCCUUAGCAAAGAUGAUAUUGAGAACAUGGUGAAAAAUGCAGAGAAAUAUGCAGAAGAAGAUAGGCGAAGAAAGGAGCGUGUCGAAGCUGUAAACAUGGCAGAAGGAAUUGUCCAUGACACAGAAUCCAAGAUGGAAGAGUUUAAAGAUCAGCUGCCAGCUGAUGAGUGCAAUAAACUGAGAGAAGAAAUUGCAAAAAUGCGAGAGCUGCUGGCUCGUAAAGAUAGCGAAACGGGUGAGAACAUUAGACAAGCAGCAACCACACUGCAGCAGGCAUCUCUGAAGCUCUUUGAAAUGGCCUACAAAAAGAUGGCGUCAGAACGAGACAGUUCAGGAAGUUCAGGAAGUUCUGGGGAUCAGAAGGAAGAAAAACAAUAAUUAAUAAUCUUGUAUAAUCCAGAGCAAGAAGAGGACAAUAUUCUGAAGCUUGGGAGCCAAAGGGACUUCCUGAGCAUCUGUGGGCAGAUUUAAGUCUUACUGUGUUUUUGCAGUAUUCUAUACAUAAUUUCCUGAAUGUAUAAAUGUAGUGAUGGUGUCUGUCUGUGAAAUUGUCACCUGAUAAGAACAGUCCCUAAGGUCAGUAACAUUUUCAAGUGGAACCCGAGGAACCGUGGAGCUCUUUAAUUUUUGAGUAGAAGGAGUAUGCAUGAAUUUUACAACUUCAGGAUGGGGCUGGGAUUCCUGAUGCCUGCAUUUGAAGUUCCACCCUAAUAAUGGAUUCUCAUUUCAGGAACAGAUUUCUCUUUCAUUGUAAUGGGGCCUGGGUUCUGCAGAGGCAAGGCUUCUGGACAUGCAGGAGAAUAUAUCAAUCUGCACCUUAGUUUAGUUCCCUUAUCUCAAAGGAGGUGGAUUUUUUUAAAUAUAGCUAUAAUUAUAAAUAGGGCUACUCUGAAAUGCCAUGCACUGCUUGUCUAGCUUCUCUGCUCUGCCCAGUGUCUCUUCUCUUUGCAGAAAAAAACUGCUGCCCUGUUAACAAAAUUGUUCUUACUCAAUAUAGUCUAUAUCAUUUAAAAAUAAAACAUAGUCAUAUUCUUUCCCCCAUCA